CAUGAAAGAAGCCUUCCGAACCCGGCACUCUGGACUUGCACUGACCGAAGGCAGCGUGAUCCCUCGCCCAGAGCCCGGCUGGGUGUAGCCCGGCGCUCAGAGUGACGCACCCUGCGGGGUUUAGGGAACUCAGCUACUUUGAGCUCACUGCGCGACUUACCACAAAAGGAAAGAGCGUCUCGCGGGGGAAGUUGCAGAGCUGUGGGACGGGUCAUUUCUCUGCAGCCCCUCGGCACCAUCAGGGAUCGACCAUUCAGCCAGACCCUGCCGGACAGUCCGCUCCGGCUCUGGGUCUGUUCGGUCAGGACAGACGUUAUACGGACUGACAGCCGCCCGCUCUGCCUGCCCCUCGCUGUCAGGAUGGACAGGGCUCGACGGCCUUCCCUUCUCUUGCUUCUGCUGGUUUUACAGUCCGGUGAUUGUAAAGAAAUGGAAGUGGCUGCAAUUGCAGAGGAAUCGGUUCAGUUACAGCCAGUGAAAUUGCCAGAGUCGUGGGCAGAAAUCACCUGGAAGGUCACACUAGACUCAGCAGAGACGUAUCGGAUCGUAACAUUUAAUAAAGGGGAACCCCCUGACCUUGGGUCAUCCCCACAUUUUAUCAACAGAGUCACUUUCCACCCUGAGAAUCUCUCACUGCAGAUUGAUCCCGUUAAGAAGUCAGACAGUGGCCUCUAUACCUUGCUAAUUGACACUGGAGGAGGCCGUGAAGACAUCACAAAGUUCCGUGUUUCUGUGUUUGAGCGAGUCCGGCAGCCAAACCUCACGGUGCUCUCUGCCCACGCGGAGCUCGGCCAGUGCAACGUUACCCUGUCCUGCUCCGUGCCUGGCGCUGACAGAGUCACCUACGGCUGGUCCCGAGGCACGUCCCGGAUCCCGUCUGACCGGGACCAUCAGCUCCAUGGGCACCAAUCCCUGCUGCACGUAGUGAUUAAUGCAAACAGCAGUGACGCCUUCUAUCGUUGUAACGCUAGUAACCAAGCCAGCUGGGGCGCAGACACUGUAGACGGCAAAUCAUUGUGCGACUCCCCAGCCACAGGUUUCGCGAGCAGCCCAGCGAGCUAUUGCCAGGUGAAGGGGAUUCUCCUGCUCGUGGUGCUGGGAGCCCUGGUCACAGCCAUCGUCAUGGUGCAGGUCCUCACCCGGGACAAAGAGAGGCUGGAUUGAGCCAAAGGGCCAGUGCCAGGAGAUCUCCUGGCUGCGUGGGGCGACGUCUGCAUCUGCAACGGGGUCUCUUCACUCCCCUACUGCAAAUGGGAACCACAGCAGCACAGCUGUCGAUGGGCCUGGGUUUGGACCCUUCCCUGCUCCUUUGCCCUGCCGUGCUGGGACUCAGCAUUCAGAGCCCCCUAUACCUGACUGCGAAUGGGCUGCCACCACCUCCUGGCUGGGCACGGGCUGCCGGUGCUCUGCCUCAGUUUCCCCAGUCUCAGUUUCCCCACCUGCUGGGACGGUUCAGCUGGCUCAGCUCUCUGGCUGGGUGGGUGCGGACGCUCAGCCCCCUUCCAGGCUAUCACAGUCCAACCACACACAAGACAGAGGAGCUGCACACACAGCUUUGUCAUUGUGUAUUUUGACAUGCCAGGCUGACAAUGUAAAUAGCCUUCAAUCACAUUCUAAUAUCUUCUGAAGCAGCAUUUUUCUUACCUGGCCUAGCUGUAAAUUUCAAUCAUUAUCCAUGGAAA